AGCUCUUGGCACCGGAUCGCAGCAGGACGGAGCUGCUCGCCCCGGGGGAGCCAUGGAUCUGCUGCUGUGCCUCUUGCUCUGCUUCGCUGCCAACGUGGGAGUCUCCUCCUCCUCAGAGGUCAGGCUGGUAGGUGGCCACCACCGCUGCGCCGGGCGGGUGGAGGUGCGUCUGGACGGGCGCUGGGGCACCGUGUGUGACGACGGCUGGGACCUGAGCGACGUGGCCGUGGUGUGCAGGCAGCUGGGCUGCAGGCAGGCCAUGGACGCGCUGAGUGGUAAAGUGUUCGGCCCGGGCCCCGAGUCACUCCCUGUCCUGAUGCUGAACGUGGAGUGCGAGGGGACAGAGGCGGCGCUGGGGAGCUGCCCGUACACGGAUGCAGGGGACUUCUGCCAGCACGAUGAGGACGCAGGGGCCCGUUGCCAAGCUGCAGAGCUCCCAGAGCCACCUGUCCGGUUGGUGGGCAACAGCACGCGCUGCAGUGGGCAGGUGGAGAUUUACCAUGAUGGCCGCUGGGGUGCCGUGUGUGGGUUGGGCUGGGACCUGACUGAUGCCAAGGUGCUCUGCCGGGAGCUGGGCUGCGGGAGCCCGCGGUACGUCACCCACCACUGCAGCAAGUUUGGUCAGAGCUCAGCACCCAUCCUGCUGGGCCAGCUGGAGUGCACCGGGCAGGAGGCCUCGCUGACCCACUGCCGAGUCCAAGCCUGGGAGGGGCGGCACUGCCCCCACCACCGGGACACCGGAGUCAUGUGCCAAGAGCCCUUCGCACUGCGGCUGGUGGACGGCCGAAGCAAGUGCUCCGGGCGGCUGGAGGUGCGGUACGAUGGGGUGUGGGGCACCGUGUGCGAUGACAACUGGUCAGUGACCACCGCCCAAGUGGUAUGCCGGGAGCUGGGCUGUGGCCCAGCCGAGCCACUGGCCCCAAAGCCGCAGGACUGGCCCCGCUUUGGCCAGGGUACGGGGAAAAUCUGGCUGGACGACAUCAGCUGCAAAGGCACCGAGGAGACCUUGCAGAACUGUGCCCACCGCUUCUGGAGCUACAACGACUGCACCCACUGGGAGGACGUCAGCGUGGUCUGCCAGGACAGCUGAGCCGGCCACAGCUCCUUCAUGGCUUUCCAUUGAUUCCCCCCCACCUCGUCCCCGAGCUUUCAGUGCAUCCCCCCUGCUGCCAGGCCCUUCUUCUCUGCUGCCAGGCUCCCUGACCCUGCCCGCCCAGCCCGGGGAUGGCUGUCGGCUGUGCAGGGGCAUGGCUUGGUUAGUGCCUGGGGGGAUUCCCAUUUCAGGGAUGAAUCACAGGAGCCCAGGGCAUUCCCCUCCCACUGUGAGCCACACUCUGUGGGCUGCCGCACAAUGCUGGCACAGACUGGGGCUCGUGUCUCGCUAACAAUGGGGCAGCUCGCCCUGGCAGGCCCCGCUCAGAGCACGGGUCUCCAGGGCCGUCGCCCCAACUCCGGCCAAGAGAGCCGUCCCUGAUAAACCCCGCCAUAGCUGGGGUGGGGCUGCACCCCCCUCGGGGGCCGGGAUACACGACUGUCUCCCCCGGAGGGGUCCGUGCUGCAUGGACAGGCAGGAGCCGGGAGGGGGAGAGCCCCGGGUGCCGCACGCCAUCCCAGGCUGAGCAGAUGCGAAUAAAGAGCUGAAUCCGCUGGA